AUGUAUAACUAUCAAUAAUAAACAGGUCCUGGAAGACUGAUUUUCAACAACCUAAGACCUUUGGCUGCUGUUAAAUAUUUGAAUCAAAACAAUCUUAAGUCCAUCAUCUACCCCUUGAGGAAACCUAAACCCCCUGCUUCUAAUAAUAACAUGUUCAGGAAUCAACCCACAAAGGGAGAAUUAUUUUUCGAUCCAGUCAAUCAUGAGGGCGGUCAACCUUUGUGCACUUUGUCAAUGGGAGAUUACAAGGAGGAUGGAACAUGUUUAAACUGCAAAUAGAAAUACCCCCUAAACUAAUGGUAUUAUGAUCUCUCUCUUGCAAUGAUUAUCAUGCAAUUUAGGAACAACCAAAACAAAAGGGAUAUCAUUGAAUGCGUCAAAUAUUACGAUGAUGGAGAAUAUGAAAUACUCUACACAGAUUAUUAGGAAGCACAAGAGACUGACCAAUACUUGAACAACGACCCUAUCAUCGAUGAGUUGAUUGGAGUCCAAAAGGAGAUCCUUCAAAAAGUUGGAAACAAUCAAAAUGUCAUUCUAGAACAAAGUCCAGAUCUGAUCGAGAAUUUCACCAAAAUCAUAGAGAGUGCCUUAUAAUAAUGAUAGAUAUAUAUAUCAAAGGAUCAAAUAAAUUAAUCAAA